GCGGUAGCUUACAAUAUUUUCCAAAUGCUAAUGUAUUAGCAUAUGUAUUGGUAAUCAAAGUGUUCUUUUCUAGCAGACACAGCAUUGAGUUUUUGCGCAAUGCACAAGACCGAGGUUUCUGUGUAAUUACAGUAACCUGCAUUAAACUUUAUUCUCUGCUGGCCCACUCAAGCUGCGUUUUUGCAGCAGAACUUGUGUUUAACUAAAAGUGACGCGUGAGGCACAGCGGAGCGGAGCGCCGUGCCGUAACGGUGGCGCGUGGCCAGUAAGCUGAGCGAACAGGUUCCGGGUGCCGCGCGCCGCAAAGCCAUUUUAUAACUAGAGUGCACACUUAUGACAUCGGCGCGGCGCAGCAGCGCGGAUCUCUUGUAGCCAAAAAUGGGCCAGUGUGGCAUCACUUCUUCCAAGACCGUGCUCGUUUUCCUCAACCUCAUUUUCUGGGCAGCAGCUGGAAUCCUGUGUUAUGUCGGGGCCUAUGUAUUCAUCACGUACGAUGACUACGACCACUUCUUUGAGGAUGUGUACACGCUCAUUCCUGCUGUAAUUAUAAUUGCUGUUGGCACCCUGCUGUUCAUCAUUGGAUUGAUCGGUUGCUGUGCCACAAUCCGAGAAAGCCGCUGUGGACUGGCAACCUUUGUGAUCAUUCUUCUUCUGGUGUUUGUUACAGAAGUAGUUGUUGUGGUGCUGGGUUACAUUUAUAGAGCAAAGGUUGAAGAUGAAGUCGAUCACUCCAUUCAGAAGGUUUACAAUGAGUACAAUGGCACAAACACAGAUGCACCGAGCCGGGCCAUUGACUAUGUACAAAGACAGCUUCACUGCUGUGGAAUUCACAACUACUCAGACUGGAGAAACACACGCUGGUUCAAGGAGUCCAAAAACAAUAGUGUUCCGCUGAGCUGCUGCAGGCCCAAUAUCAGCAACUGUACAGGAUCCCUUAGCCGUCCAGGAGAUCUGUACCCAGAGGGAUGUGAAGCUCUUGUUGUUAAGAAAUUAAAGGAGAUUAUGAUGUAUGUUAUCUGGGCUGCCUUGACAUUUGCUGCAAUACAGAUGCUGGGCAUGCUGUGUGCCUGCGUAGUGCUGUGCCGAAGGAGCCGCGACCCAGCUUACGAGCUGCUCGUCACUGGGGGAACGUACGCGUAAGGGGUGGCGGGUCACCACGGGGAUGCAGACCUCUGCUACCUGCCUUCUACAGUAAGCUAUAAGCACAUGUUGCACAGUACAGGACUGCUAAUAGUGUACACUGGUGAUGGGUACUGUAGCACGGCAAGUACACUAUUUAAAUACUUCUUAAGUUGGUGUUUGGUUUCUGCCUUUUUAAAGUCCUAUGAUGUCUAAGUAUAAAAUGGUAAUAACUUUUAUUGGUCUUUUAGUGGUCUCUUCGGUGGGGACAGUGGGGAGAAUAGGAGCAUUUCUCUUUUGGAUGGUGGGGACGAAAAACCGCAUGGGAAGAUACUUGGAAUGUACAAUCUUUGUUUGAGUUUGCACUAAAUGUAGGCUUUUAAAAUAUUUUAUAAGUAGUUAAUUAUGUGUGUAAAUAUCAGACAUGGAAAAUCCCUAUUUAUUUAUUAGAUUGCUUUGUGCUACUGUACUUCAAGUCCCUCCCCAUCACCAGUCUUUGUUGCUGAGAAGCUGAUACCAGUGUAAUGUAAGGUCCUUGUAUAGAUAAAAAUAUACAAGAGUUUUCAGUUGCACGUAUCCAAACUCAGUGUGAUUAAUUCUAAAUUGGAAAUUUGAUGACCCACUAAACAGGUGAAAGGGUUUUGCGAGAAUAAUCUAUAUGCACUACUUGUUCUGUUACGAGUAUUUUGUUUAGUUUUGUUUUUUUGUGUGACGUAAUGUUUAAUAGGGCUCUUCAGUGGUCCUGUUCUGCUCCAUGUUAGGUAAAAUCUGGAACAAUAAGAACCCAAUUUCUGUUCUGAUUUUACCAGAAAACAGGCAAAAUGUGUAGAACCCUGUUUAAUAUGUAUUUUAAGCUAAUUUGUGUUUUUUGUGUAACAAAAUAACAAAAUUCAUGUAAAUUUAAUGUGCAUAUUUUCUGCUGUAGAAUGCAAAAUGAUGUAGUACAAGAUAUUUAUACUCAAUUUAUAUGGUAUUGGCCAGUUUUGUCCUUUUACAAGGAAAUGUUUGAUCAUAAGAUCAAGAAUGAUCAAAACUCCUUCAGUUUGAUACCCUGUUAAAAAGGCAAUCGAUUCCACUUUCAGCAUUUGUUUUAGUUUAUAUUGACCUGUUUUGCAAGGGUAAGACAGAAAACUUUCAUCUCAAGUGAAACCAACUGAAAUUUGACUAAACUGAACAAAACUUACGUCUUUAAUACUGCUGUUUAACUGUAAACAUAUUAAUAUUUUAAUUUCUGUUAUUACAUGCCUCAGUGUUCAUGUUCUGAUAUAGUCAGUUGUAGAAAAUAUUAGACUGUCAUUAAACCAAGCAUCAAGUGAUCCAUGUCAGUGCAGUAUGGGGGAUUGUGUUUAAAAGUUUUUCACUGGUUAACUUCCACAGGUAACUUGUAUGACCUUUCUUUUCAAACUUUAUACCAAGUAUGCAGCAUGCUGAGACUUCCAGUGACAUCAUCUUACUUUACUAAGUAAAGCAGUCUU